CGCAGUUUUCCAGGACAGACACAUCAACGUCCGCGAGGAGCGCCCGCUCAAUUCGGUCGCGGCGGUCGGCGAGCGAGACGGCCAGCUUCAAGACAGUUUCGUCGUCCCCCAUAAUAAACAGACGGGACUCGUCCAAGAGCCUCACAGAGCUCACAGACGAGAUGGAGAACCUGAACAUCGACAUUCCGCCCAGCAUGCUGUCUGUGCCGCCAAAGUCGCCGAUACUGCGUGUGAACUCGUCCUCGUCGCUCGCCUCGAACGUGCCCAAUCAACCACAAUCGAUCGAUAUUCCAAAUCCGCAGGUAUCGCCAAUGGCGAGCUCGUUCAAGUCGGGGUCGUACAGGGCUCCGGAGGCAGCAUCGACGCAGGAGCAAGGCGUGCUGGACAUCGAAGACCUGAUCCAGCGGCUGCUGGACGCAGGCUACUCGGGCAAGAGAACCAAGGCGAUAUGCCUUAAAAACUCGGAAAUCCAGAUGAUAUGCUCCACGGCAAGAGAAAUAUUUCUGAGCCAGCCCACGCUGCUGGAGCUCAGCGCGCCCGUCAAGAUUGUUGGCGACGUGCACGGCCAGUACAGCGAUCUGAUCCGCAUCUUCACCAAGUGCGGGUUUCCGCCAGCAAGCAACUAUCUGUUCCUGGGAGACUACGUGGACCGGGGCAAACAGUCGCUGGAGACCAUCUUGCUGCUCCUGUGCUACAAGAUCAAGUACCCAGAGAAUUUCUUCCUGCUACGAGGAAACCACGAGUGUGCGCAGAUAACAAGGGCCUACGGGUUCUACGACGAAUGCAAGCGAAGAGCAAACCUUAAGACAUGGAAAAUCUUUAUCGACACUUUCAACACGCUGCCGAUCGCAGCAAUAGUGGCCUCCAAGAUCUUCUGUGUGCACGGCGGGCUGUCGCCGGUGCUGAAUUCCAUGGACGAAAUAAGAAUGAUCAAACGACCAACAGACGUGCCGGACUUUGGUCUGCUGAACGAUCUGCUCUGGUCGGACCCAGCAGAUACUCCGAACGAAUGGGAGGACAACGAGCGAGGAGUUUCCUACUGUUUCAACAAGGUGGCCAUCAACAAGUUCCUCAACAAGUUCCAAUUCGACCUUGUAGUGCGUGCACACAUGGUGGUCGAGGACGGAUACGAGUUCUUCAAUGACCGGUCACUGGUGACCGUGUUCUCUGCCCCGAACUACUGCGGCGAGUUCGACAACUGGGGGGCCGUCAUGUCUGUUUCCGAAGAGCUGCUGUGCUCGUUCGAGCUGCUCGACCCGCUCGACGGGGUGGCUCUGAAACAGCUCAUGAAGAAAGGCAAACACGAACGUCGCACGGCAAUGACUUACGCAAACAGCCCCAACGUGUCAAUAUAGUCAUAUAGUCAUUUUACCCCAUCUAUAUCCGCUCAACGAUUACCCACCAGUUGUCUUUCUCAUAUCCGCUCUGCACAAUUUUUCCUCCAGCGGCCACACAAUCCUCCUCCAGUUCGCCUUUCUUAUAUAAAUGAUAAUAUCUCAUUCGAGUUGUUCCAUCUUUUGUCACCCACGGCACCAAUAUAUCCUGCUCCAUCCCUUCUCUGUACCCGCGGCGAGACUUCUCCUGCUCCAAAGCCCAGCAGUAUACCAGGACACGGCCGCUGCAGCGCACCACCCGUAGAAUUUCCCGGAUCGCCGCGACGCGCCGCUCUUGCGUACUGAAAUGGUGCACCACCGCAAUCGACACGGCAAAAUCAAAUCUUUUGGUCUCGUGGGGCAGCAUCAUACCAUCUGCUACCACCAAAUCGUUCAAUUCUCUUUGGUGAAGCUGCACAGCCUGGUCGAGCAAUCCAGUCGAGUAAUCUGACCCCACAAUGUACAGUCUCGGGUUCACAGUCAGGUACUUGCCGUUACCACAUCCCACGUCCACACCAAGCGAGUAGUCGCGGAUGGAUCCCAAAAACUGGGCCACCAUAGGCCAUGGCUUGUACCUGGUCUGCGAGAAGUGUUGCGCGAUGUCGUUGUACACUUCGUGCACAUACAAGUUUUCCUGGAGCUCGGGUGUUGCCGUGCUCUUGAACUUGCGGGUUUCCAGCUCCAUCUCCUCCU